CAAUGGAUUGUCUCCUCUACCUUUUCAGAUGAAUCAUGUGAAGAACCACUGUAGGAGAUAUGGAUCUGAACAAGGAGACACUACAUAAAUUAGAUUUGUCCCGAUUGAGUGCCAUUGUCUUUCAGUUGCAAUCAGAUAUUGGUAAAGCUUCGAGGCAGUUAGUUCAUUGUUUAGUGGAAAAAGAUGAAAAAUUAAGAUUACUGGCUGAGAAAGAGGAUCGUGUUACUUUGUUGUUAAUAAAUUAUGCAUCUCAAAAUGGCCUUGAUACAAACUUAAAUUUUAAAAUAUCUGCUCCUAGUAGCUUCAGUGAAUCUGCUUACAAAAAGUGGCUACAAGCAUGGGCUGUUGUAUCGAGAAUAAAGCGUGGCAUACCAAAACCUUUUAGGAAGAGAGUUUGGAAUGUUAUCACAACCCAUAGCAUUCGGUCACUAAAUAUAAACUUUGCGGUAUUGUUUAGGGAGGAUAGAAGUGCUAAAGACCAGGAGUGGUUGAGGCUUAUCAACAAGGUAUCUUCGUCUAAAUUGAAAUCAAAGUAUGUUACAUGCAAAUCAGUGGAACGUAUAUUGCUUGCUUAUUCUCGUCAUAACCUUUCUGCUGAAUUUACCUCUGAGCUAUUCAUAUUGUCUUCUCUGAUACUCAAGAUCACCCAAGGAAAUGAGUUAAUUGCUGUAAAGGUAUUAAUAUGUCUGAUGGACAUUAUGUUACCUCCAGCAUAUUUCACACAAGAACUACGUACUUUACAUGUUGAGUUAGUGGUAUUAAAUGACUUGCUUUCAUACUUCUUUCCAAAGUUGUCUUCUCAUUUACAUCAGCUUCAGGCUGCUAAUUCUUCCCGUGUGUGUAAAUCAUAUUCAUCAAGCCAUCCUCCAACUUUUAAAGACUCAUUAGCAUUUGAACCACCAUUAACCAAUAUCUUUGUAUUACGAUGGUUUCUCAAUAUGUUUACAAACACUCUGUCAUGGAAAGCUUUGCGUCGCCUUUUUGAUGCUGUUAUUGUUUGUGGAGCAGAUAUGUUCCUUUAUGCUGCAGUUUCAAUAUGGGGUGCUUUUGAAAAAGAGCUAUUGGCAGUAGAUAAUGUGUCUGACUAUUAUGAAAAGGUGGAAGAACUAGAAGAUAGAUUAAAGAAUACAAAAUUAUUGUCUUCUACAGAAUUCAUUCAGAUGGUUUAUUGUGCACAUGAAAUAGCUCAAAGUAAUCCUGAAAUACCAUCUAUCGAUGAACUAAGACACAAAAACACUCCCUUGUCUCCUCAGCCUGUAGCUGUGCAGAAGAUAUCUUGUCCUUCACCCUCUCAAGAUGAACUGAUUCAGUUAGAUAGCACUAAAGUGACUAAAACAUUAGAACUCAAUAUUGUGACAUCUCCUUCUCAAGCAGUAAUAGCUGCCAAAGCAGAAUGUCCACAGACUAUUAAAAAGACUUAUUUAUAUGCAAAUGCUUAUGCUGCAGACAUACCAAAUGAUGUACUAGCACUGUAUUCUUUAAACAUUUCUGAGCCACACUUUAAUAUGCUCAGAGAAGGAACAUUAUAUACUAUUGAUAUGUAAAUAAUUAUUUUACAAUUUUUACACUUGAAAAGCAAAUUUAAGUCCAACAA